UCAGCCCUCAGUCUCUCUUCUGCACAGAACCAACCCACAAGCCCCCAAACCAAACUAAAAUGGCAUUCAAGUUCGUCUUCGCCCUCGCCUUCGUGGCCGUUGCCAGCGCCGGAUACGCCGUUCCCCAGGUCUACCACGCCGGCCCAGCGGUGGCCACCUAUGCCCAUGCCGCGCCCGUGGCCGUCGCCCAGAAGGUUGUGGUGAAGGCCGCCGAGGAAUACGAUCCCCAUCCCCAGUACCGUUUCUCCUACGGAGUCGAUGACAAGCUGACCGGCGACAACAAGGGACAGGUGGAGGAGCGCGACGGAGAUGUCGUCCGCGGAGAGUACUCCCUGAUCGAUUCCGAUGGAUACAAGCGCACCGUCCAGUACACCGCCGACCCCAUCAAUGGAUUCAACGCCGUCGUCAACCGCGUGCCCCUCGAGCAUGUCAAGACUGUUGUAAAGACCGUCGCCGCUCCCGCUGUUGCCCACUAUGCUGCCCCCGCUGUUGCCCACUAUGCUGCCCCCGCUGUGGUCAAGACCGUGGCUCCCGCCUACCACACCUAUGCCGCCCCAGCUGUCGUCAAGACUGUGGCUCCCGCUUACCACACCUAUGCUGCCCCAGCUGUCGUCAAGACGGUUGCUCCCGUGGCCCACUAUGCCGCUCCCACCCACUACGCAACUCCCGCUGCCACCUACACCUCCUACGCCGCCCCCGCUGUCGCCUACCACCGCCGAAUGGAUUAUUAUUCAAGGCACACACUCCACAGAAGGAGGACAAAGUUUCGCUUCUUUUGCCCAAUAACCUUAAACACUCGCAAAAUGGCUUUCAAGUUGGUCGCACUCGUCUCCUGCUGCCUGGCAGCCGUAUCCGCUGGCAUCAUUCAACUGGAGCAUCACGAACAGCAGCAGCCACAACAUGUCCUGUAUCAGGCUCAGCCCCAGCACCAGCCCCAGCAUGUGCUCUACCAGAAGGCUCAUGAUAUCCAUGCCCACGGACACGAGGUCUACCCGGAUGAUCCCCAUCCCAAGUACAACUUUGCCUACGACGUGCAGGAUGCCCUCUCCGGAGACUCCAAGAGCCAGUCAGAGUCCCGCGACGGAGAUGUGGUCCAGGGCGAGUACUCGCUGGACGAUGCAGACGGUUUCCGCCGCACUGUGAAGUACACCGCUGACUCGGUCAACGGAUUCAAUGCCGUCGUCCAUCGCGAGCCUCUGGCCCAUGUGCACAACAAGGUAGUGGCUGCUCCGGCUGCCGUUCAAUACCACCAUGCACCGACUGCUGUGAUCAAGACGCCCGUGUCUUAUGCCGCUCCGGCUCCCACUUAUGCGGCACCCACCUAUGCUGCUCCAGCGUACACCGCUCCCGCUUACACUGCCCCCGCCUACACCUCUCAUCAUGAGCAGCAGCAGCAGCUGCAGCAGGAGCAGGAGCACCAGCAUCACUAUGCCACAUACGAGACUCCCGCCCCCGCCCAUGCUGCCCAUGAGGCCCAUGAGUAUUACCAUCACCAGUAGGAGAUCCUCCCUUCC